GGCGAAAGCUGCGUCCAUAUGAUCGCCACUCUCCAUUUAGUUUAUAAACAACGCUCGCCGGGUGCAGUUGAAUUCGGAGCGGAGCCCUGGGAAUCGGCGGUGUUCAUACAGAUAUAACAUAGCCAUAGGACUCCCGUGAGCAUAUGUAAUUGCUUAUCACAGUCCGGCUGUCCGAAAUCGGUAGGUCUCAUCGCUCCAACAACAAACGAUUCCUCAACAGCUCGUGCCCCCCCGCAAAUUGCCGGCUUACGUAAGCCAAUUGUAGCCGUUUUGGAUUCGUUUUAGCUCAGAGAACAUUAAUCAAUUUAAGAAAACAUGCGGCUACUGGCCAGACACGCGAUUCGAUUGUUGGGUCAGGAGAAUCGCGCGGGCGAGGUGGCUUCAAUUGCGAGAGGAGGUAUCCGGCUGAAGGCCACAACCGGUUACCUGAAGCUGGCCACGGCAAGUGUUCAGCCAGUGGAGCCGGAGAAACAGGUGCAGAGAAAGAACUCGCCACUGACGGAUUCCUUUGGCCGACAUCAUACCUACUUGAGAAUUUCCCUAACCGAACGCUGCAACCUGCGAUGCGACUACUGCAUGCCCGCUGAAGGCGUUCAGCUGCAGCCCAAAAACAAUCUCCUGACCACCGGGGAAAUCCUUCGUCUAGCUCGGAUUUUCGUGGAGCAGGGAGUGCGAAAAAUCCGCCUAACCGGCGGAGAGCCCACGGUGCGGAGGGAUAUAGUGGAGAUCGUGGCCCAAAUGAAAGCGCUACCCCAACUGGAGCAAGUGGGAAUUACCACCAAUGGCCUGGUGCUGACCCGCCUGCUUCUGCCGCUCCAGAGAGCUGGACUAGAUAACCUUAACAUCAGUUUGGACACGCUGAAAAGGGAUCGGUUUGAGAAGAUCACCAGGAGAAAAGGAUGGGAGCGGGUGAUAGCUGGCAUUGAUCUAGCUGUCCAAUUGGGCUAUAGACCCAAGGUGAACUGCGUCCUUAUGCGCGAUUUCAACGAGGAUGAAAUCUGUGAUUUCGUCGAGUUCACCAGGGAUCGUCCCGUAGAUGUGCGAUUCAUAGAGUACAUGCCUUUCUCUGGAAAUAAGUGGCAUACAGAAAGGCUUAUUUCAUACAAAGAUACCCUGCAAACCAUCCAACAAAGCUGGCCAGACUUCAAGGCCCUUCCCAAUGGACCCAAUGACACUUCCAAGGCUUAUGCAGUUCCGGGAUUCAAGGGUCAGGUUGGUUUCAUCACCUCCAUGACGGAACACUUUUGUGGCACCUGCAAUAGAUUGCGACUUACUGCGGAUGGGAACAUAAAGGUGUGCUUGUUUGGCAACAAAGAAUUCUCGUUGAGAGAUGCCAUGCGAAAUGAAAAUGUUAGCGAGGAACAGUUGGUGGAUCUCAUUGGGGCAGCUGUCCAGCGCAAGAAGAAACAGCAUGCAGGCAUGCUCAAUCUGUCGCAGAUGGAGAACCGGCCCAUGAUACUCAUUGGCGGCUAGUAGACAUACCACACUCUCUUCCCUCUCCCGUUGCAGAUGCUGCGCCAAGACUCCAUCAUCAUCUUCAUCCUUAUUUGUAUCACCACGCAUAUCAUACUUCAAGGCUGCAGCUCCAGGCCCGAAAUUACAGCCGACUAACCCAUGUCGAUGGCCAGGGCAAGGCCCAAAUGGUGGAUGUGGGCGCAAAUCCUUCAACCACAAGAUUAGCUCGUGCAGAGGCCACUGUCCAGGUCGGUGAGAAACUCACCCAGCUUAUAGCCGACAAUCAAGUGGCCAAGGGAGAUGUUCUGACCGUAGCCCAAAUUGCUGGCAUAAUGGGCGCUAAGCGAACAGCCGAACUGAUACCGCUGUGUCACAACAUCAUCUUGUCCUCCGUUAGAGUGCAGGCCACUCUUCUCCAAACCGAAAAAUCAGUGCGGCUGGAGGCAUCCGUUCGCUGUUCCGGCCAAACUGGAGUCGAGAUGGAGGCACUAACCGCAGUUUCAGUGGCUGCGUUAACUGUGUACGACAUGUGCAAGGCUGUUUCCCACGAUAUCUGCAUCACCAAUGUCCGCCUGCUAAGCAAAUCCGGCGGAAAAAAGGACUUCCGGAGGGAUUAGUCGGAAAAUGGAAUUGUUCCAGAGGUAGAAUGAGGUAAUCCCUGACUGACCGGAUUCCUUUAAAUAAUUAAGUAGCUAAACCGCGUUACGGGGAAUGGAAAAUAAACUACUGCUUACUAGAUUUACCCACAAAUAUUAAAUUGAAAGACUUUCUAAGAAGCAAGGAUACAUAAAUGUAAACAUGUAGAAAAAACACUUCCUAAUAGGAAACUAAUUUGACUAACGUACCAAUACAAAUAUUUCUGAACAGAUGUUUUAAAUG